CGGAGAUCUCUGCCAUUAAUGUUUCUUUGUUGGCAUUUAGUACUGAAAUUGAUGAUGGCGGAUGAUAGAACUGUUGCAUGCGGUCUGAGGAGCAAUUUUCCUCCCUCUCUUUCUCCUCACACGGCUACGUCAUGUCCUGCAGUUGCACGUCUACUCAGGAAUAUCUAUCUCCUUUCCGAGUUGACAUUGUGUGGAAUCUGUGGAUGCCACGAGAAAUCUGAUUUUCUUGGUUACAGUGGUAAGAAGUUCUAGCGGAAAUUAAAUGUAUAUAUGUGUGUGAGAAUAGCUGCAACGGCACUUUGUUUUUGACCUACGCCAGCGAAUUGGUUUACCACUGUCUCUGUCAAUCUAUUCUUUGUUUGCUUUCUAGUUCCUCAUAAUUUUACACAUGCAGCAGUGGCUAUUCGAUCUUCGUGUCUCUCUACGAUUUGUCAGCAUUGCUAGACAAGCAUUAACUGCCUAUGUUAUUCCCAAAAAGAUCAAUCAACUUCUAGGAUUCGUGGACUUACGUCCCAUAGAUGAGGAAGUAUUGUGGUAAUGAUAUCAUAAGCUUCUGAUGUGUUAUGGAGGUUUUAAUUCAACUGGGGAGCAAAGAUGUCCGAGCUGCGAUGCGUUUCUUUAUUGGAAAAAUGCAGAAGUUUGAAUUGUUUGCUGCAGAUCCAUGGCUAUGCGAUCAAAACAGGAUGUGAUACUGACCCAUUUGUCCUCAGUAAGUUCCUUCUUUUUUCAGCCAUUACAUUUUCGGACACCAUGGAUUAUGCUUGCCUUCUCUUCAGAAGUAUUCCCCAACCUGAUGGGUUCAUGUUCAACACUCUAAUCCGUGGCUUCUCAGAGUCAAAUAUGCCUUACCAGUCCAUUUCCACAUAUGCCCAGAUGCAGAAACAGGGAGUCAAGCCAGAUAGCUUCACUUUUGCUUUUCUUCUCAAGUCUCUCAUAAAUUGUGGUUCUCUAAAUACAUCAAGACAAGUCCAUUGUCAUGCUAUGAAGCACGGUUUGGACCCCCACAUUUUUGUCCGAACAAGUCUUAUAACUGCCUAUGCGGCUGGUGGGAGCAUUGUAUGUGCUCGCCAAGUAUUUGAUGAAAUGCGAGUGCCAAAUGUGGUUUCAUACAAUGCCAUGCUUUCUGCCUGCCUGCGAUGUUCUGAAGUAGAUGAAGCAAGAAGAAUCUUCGAUCAAAUGCCGUGGUUGAAUGUCACAUCCUGGAAUAUUGUGCUGUCUGGUUAUAUGGACGCAAACGAAUUAGAGUUGGCAUCUCGGUUGUUCCAUGACAUUCCCCAGAAGGAUUUGGUCUCCUGGAAUACAAUGAUCAUUGGAUGUGUGCAGGGCGGUAAACUCAAAUUGGCCUUUGAACUAUUUGAGGAGAUGCGGUUGGAGGGUUUCAGUCCAAAUGAAGUGAGUAUCACUGGGGUACUAUCAGCUUGCUCACAGAUGGGUGCCCUGGAAUUCGGUAAAAUGAUUCAUGGGUACAUUGAUAAAGCAGGAUUUAGCCAUAUUGUGACUGUAAACAAUGCACUUGUCGAUUUGUACGGUAAAUGUGGAAAUAUCAAUAUGGCAAGCCAUGUCUUUGACAAGAUCAUGAACAAGGGCGUCAUUUCUUGGACUGUGAUGAUUGAAGUGCUUGCAAUGCACGGCCAUGGGGUUGAAGCUGUGGAACUUUUCUACAAGAUGGUGGAAUCAGGAAUAGAACCAGAUGGUGUUACAUUCGUCGCUAUUCUGUAUGCCUGUAGUCAUGCAGGUCUAACACAGAAAGGAAUAGAGUUGUUCAAUAUGAUGAAAGACUGUUACCACAUUGAAGCAUCUAUGGAACAUUAUGGCUGCAUGGUUGAUCUCUAUGGCCGAGCUGGGUUUCUAGACUGUGCAUAUGAGUUUAUCGCUCACAUGCCGAUUAAGCCCAAUGCUGUAAUUUGGAGAACAUUGCUUGGGGCAUGUAGCAUACAUGGAGAUGUCAUUCUUGCAGAGCAUGUAAAAAACAAAUUGUCCGAAAUUGACCCAGAGAACUCCAGUGAUUACAUAUUGUUGUCAAAUAUAUAUGCAAUUGCUGGAAAAUGGAGGGAUGUGGCUGUUGUGAGGAAGUCGAUGGCUGAGAGAAAAAUGAGAAAGACACCAGGUUGGAGUAUGAUAGAAGUUGAUAAGGUUGUUUUCAGUUUUGUUGCAGGUGACAAACGUAACCCAGUGGCAGAAGUUGCCUAUGAAAAAUUGAGUGAGAUAAUAAAUAGGCUGAGGUCUGAAGGAUAUGUUGCUGAUAUUGGGCCAGUCUUGCAUGACAUAGAGACAGAAGACAAGGAAGACUCUGUUUCUCACCACAGUGAGAAACUAGCUAUCGCUUUUGGAAUGGCUAGACUGCAUCCAGAAAGUGUCAUCAGAAUUGUGAAGAAUUUGAGGGUUUGCAGGGAUUGUCACACGAUGUUAAAGUUUGUGUCAAGGGUAUAUGGAAGGGAGAUCGUUGUGAGAGAUAGAAGCAGAUUUCAUGUCUUCAAGGAGGGUUCCUGCUGUUGUAGAGAUUACUGGUGAAUGCAGUGAAGAAUUUGCAGUUGAGCACCAAAAACAAAAGGGUGCUCCUCUAAUAAUGUAAAAGGGCGGAGAAGGCCUCUCGUCAAGAAGUACUGCUUUAUUUCAGAAACAGAAGGAGUUUUGAUACACAGAUGAUAGAAGCAGAAACCACCUGAAGGGUUUUCUCAACAAUGUCUACCUCUCCCGAAUGUCAGCUUGAGAUUAUUAACUUUCUAGAGAAAUGCAGGUGUAUCUCCUGGACCCGGGAGGCACAUUCUGAGGGUUUUACUGCUGCUUCCUAGUAGUUAGGACCAGGUUUCCCUGGACUUUGUCCAGAGAACUGAGGAAUGCAGCACGAGAAGAAAGCAACAUGAAGCAAAGAGCUUCGGUCAAAUUUCCAUAUUCAGAUUCCAGAGAAGCAUCGUAUGCUGCAGAUCCUCACCAUAUUUUGCCUGGAGUCUCACUUAUGAUAUUGAGCUGUCAAUCUUCUUCAACUUGAGUCCUACCACCUAAAGUUCUUAAGUCUCGCCAAUUAGCCAGGGGACCAAGGUGGUUGCAUAAUUGCAUUACAGCAAGAGGGAAAAGCACUCUCUCAGUUGGGGAUUUCACGAGGAGAGCUCGUGUACUGCAGGAGCAAGAACAGAGUUGGGCACGUUGGAGUCCAGAACAACUCCAACUUUGAUUGGCAACCAUGACUUUUUUGCAAAACUCUGCGAUAGGAGGUUGGACGUCUGCAAUGCCAAUUUAUCUGUACUAGCAAUCGGAGAUUUGAGGUGGAUUCUCAGUCCGUAGUUCUUAAACACAGCCCGAAUGGUUAACUUGAUUGUGAAUAUGUGAUUCUGUGAAUGUGCAUCAAGUUGCCGUAUCCACUGUAACUAAGGAAUUACUUUACAAAUGUGAAACAUAAGCAUUAUUUCUGUAUUGUGUGAAUUUAUCUCCGUCAAGCA